AUGAAGCACUCCGUCAAGGGCUUCAGCGGCCGAGCAUCGGCCACGCAAUGGUUGAAGUGGUUUGUUAGAUCCACUGUCAAGGAAGGAGCCAUCCGUGCCUUAUGUAUGAUGAAGUCGCUCCAUCUUCACAGCACACCGUCUGUUGCCGUCUAUUACCGCCUGGACGAUGAUCUACAAAACCCAGCACAGAAUUUUGCGGUGUCGGUGCCGUCAUUAUUCCGUGCUAUCGCCGCUGAGAGGAAAGCUCCACGCCACGCUCGGGACAAAGAACAUCGAGCGUAUUCCGUAUUGGUGCCCGACCUUGUGGAUCUUGAAGAAUCCUUGGUACAAUCUGUACCGACCCUGGUUGUACAUGAGUGCCAGAGAGUGGGACGCCAUCGAUGUAAGUGGGAUGUCGGGGUAAAAUCGCUUCGUAUUGGCAAAUGGUUAUCGCUUCUGGUUGCUACGUUCCAGCUCGGUGCGGUUUUCAAAUGGGCGAAGCGAAAUAUCAAAAUAUCGAAUCGCUCGAAUUGA